AUGUCCAUAAAAAGAGAGAAAAUUCUAGACCUGCAUACAGCAUAUGCUGUACAAAUUACCUAUAUAACUGGCAAUGUUUUGCGGCAGAAGGGGAGUGUUGGUGUUGGAGAUAAGGUGUCGGCUGCUUACCACGGAGACGUGGGUUUGAACCCUAAUAAUGGGUCAUGGCAGUUAACGUCCUCAUUAAACGCCAUUCCAAGACAGGUAAACCAGACUUCAUUAGACGACAAAGUUGAUUUAGAAAGUUAUAAUACAAACGCAGUGUGGGAAAUCCUAGCAACAAGUGUAGACAAGAGAAAAGUAGCUAAUGUUGAUGUGUUAUCUUACAAACUAAAAAUUCAAAGAAAGCAUUUACACGAGAUGUUGACACUGUUUGUUCCAGUUCUGUUGUUGACAAUUUUGGACCUUUUUGUGUUUGCUCUUCCUAACGGAGGCGAUAGAUCAGGAUACGCGGUUACUGUAUUCCUCGCCUUUUCCGUGUAUUUUACUAUCGUGGAUACGGUAAUGCCGCCAAAUUCCGAGAAGGUUUCUUUGUUUUCUGUUUAUCUAGUUAUCCAAACUUGUCAGUCAACAAUAAUCACAAUUUUGUCUGUACUUCUGACAAAAGUUGAGUUUAUAGACGAGAGCACGAGGAUACCGCGCUUUCUUGUGUUUCUCGUAAGAAUUUCUGGAGCAAGCUGUAAGAGAAAGAAACCAGCGGAGGUGUAUGCAUUGGAACAUAUUACUGAAGGUGAAACUUCUGAAGGGAAUACAGUUGAGAAAGAUUUGAAAGAAAUAACUAAGCCAACAACUUGGACAAUGGUUACUGACGCAGUAGAUAAGAUAGCUUUUAUUGUUUUCACACUCGUAUUUAUACUCACGGCUGUAAGUUUCUUCUGCGUUAUAAUCUUGGUACCAAAAUGA